AUGCUGAAGAAAUGUGUCGUACUGGUCAUCUUGGCUCUGGUUACCGUGCACGAAUGUGGUGGAGACGGUGACGGCGUCUUUUCGUCUGCCAUUCAUCCGGCAGAUGCGUUUCUUUCUUUUCCCUCUGCGGAUCGAGUUGUUAGGCAAACGUCAUCUUCCAUGACACCGAGCCAAUGUUCGUUCGGUCGCGGUCGCGAGUUGACUGUCUGCCACUGGAACAUGACCGAUCUCGAGUCUGUUGAAUCAAUUGAAUCGCGUGCCCCAGCUUGGCAGCUGUCGUCCGGCCGUCUGUCGUAUUUCCGAGGCGGUCCAGCCACUGAUGCCUCGGGAGACCAAGACGGUGGGUACUUGUUGAUGGAAACUUCGAGAGGAACGGCCGAAACUUUGAAGUUGCCCAGCAUAAUGAUCAACGCCACUUUGCCGGAAGGGCGAUGUGUUGUUUUCCAGUAUGCGAUGGACGGCCCGAGUGCCGAUAGACUUCGCUUGGUGUUGCAACAAAGUCAAAUGGUCCAUCAGAUGGCGAAUGACACGGUCUUGUUGGUCCCGCGACGGGAAACGCUGUGGGAGGGAAGGAGCGACACUGGCGACAAAUGGCUAACGGCUUCCGUCCUCUACAGUCACGGUCAACCCCACCAGUUGGCGUUCGAAGCGGUCGUUGACCAAUCGGUUCAGAAUACGCGACGCUUGCGUGGCCAUUUUGUGCUGGACAAUGUCGAUCUCGGAACCUGGAAGGAAAGCGAAAAUGAGAAAGCCCUUAACGAGAAUCCGGAUACGCUUAUGGUGGACCCUUGUCUAGGCCAUUGUAACUUUGACGGAGGAUUCUGCGGGUGGAGCAACGAUCAGGAAGACGACUUUGACUGGAAUCUCGGAAGAGGAAGUUUAAGCGGAGUAACGGGGCCUAUUACUGGGCACUAUUCCCGCGGUUACGCCUACAUUGAUUCCGGCUAUCCUCGACGACCAGGUGAUCGAGCCAGACUGUUAUCACCACAGAUGGACUCCACUGAUCCGGAUCAACCACUUUGCCUCCGGUUUUGGACACAUUUGUUUGGUAACGGUAUUGGCACGCUCAAAGUGAUUCAGUCGUUCGGAUUACCCGGUUCAGAGAUUUCUAGCCGUGAACUGUGGUCGCUGACUGGCGAAUCGAGCAACAAUUGGCAUCAGGGUCAGAUCAGCAUUUCGUCGAAUUCAAUUUUCCGCAUUAUUUUCGAAGCAACGACUGGCCGAAAUCAUUUGGGUGAUAUCGCCAUCGAUGAUGUUUCUUUCAAUCCUGGACCAUGUCCAAGUGCGCCGCAAGCGGCGGCUGCUCCCACGCAACAAAGCGAUUGCAACUUUGAAAUUGACGAGUGCGGAUGGACGAAUGCUGGAACGCGGGAAAACGUAGAUGAUAUCGAUUGGAUUCGUCAUCCGGCCGAAAAUAGCCGGCAGCUGCUCGUCAAAGACCACACGACAUACACAGGAAAAGGUUACGUGAUGAGUCCAGCGCGCAGUCCAGUUCAACGUCCCAGUGAUCGGGCUUGGUUGUAUUCUCGUCCGUUCAACGUCACUGCCGGAACACUGGAUAUGCGAUGCCUUACUUUUUGGUAUUUCAUGAACGAGCCAAUCAUCGAUCCUGCAGGUCCGAGUUUGGGUUCCUUACGCAUUUACACCCGGACAGAAGACAAAUUUUCUGGUCUUCCUGUAAUGGGCCAGAUGGUCGUUAUUUGGCGGCUUCAAAAUCAUCAAGGUAGUGCGUGGAAAAUGGGACGAGCGUUAAUCCAACAGACUGUCAAUUACCGAGUGGUCAUCGAAGGACUUUGGGGUUCCAGUCGAGGCACUGGAUCCAUUUCCAUUGACGACAUUAGUUUCUACGAGGGAAGUUGUUCUACCUAUCCGAACCAAGCGAUGCCCAUGGCAACUGAAUGCAAUUUUGACCGCGACACAUGCAGCUGGCGAAGUGUCGGCAACGGGACCAGCGUCCGUCCAGACACUGAUUGGCGUUUAGCUACGGCUGCCCGCCGCCCAGCUAACCUUCCUGACCAUACAUUUGGCGCUCCAAGUGGAUAUGUUUACUUUGACGUGUUCAGUCAACAGAACCGGCAAGAGGUGAUCCGUCUAGUGGGGCCCAACAUGACUUCCGGAGGAAUUGGACGGCCACGCCUCUGCCUGACUUUCUGGUUCGCGGCUUUCGGUGCCGGAGAUACGACUCAGUUGAGAGUUCUGAUGAUGGACAGUGUCACCAGCUCCGAAAAGGAAAUAUGGAUGGUGCGUGUCGUUCAACUCGAAGCAAUUCGUCCCGAUUGGAACUUUGGCCAAGUGGAGCUGGAAAGCGACGGUACAAACCUCUCUGGUCAGGAAGUGAGACUAGUAUACGAAGGAAGAGCUUCCAACGGCGGUUUUGCCAUCGACGAUAUAACAAUUUAUCAGGGAGGAUGUCAAACUCGUCCGAAAAUUGCCACGCCCAUCUCUUGAGGUCGAGAUCAGAUUUCCCGUCUGCUGUGUACAUCUCCAUUUCAGAUAAAUAUG